AUGACAUCCACAACCGACGUUGGACUUGAAUCAGAUCGUGUUCGAAAUCAGUCCGGAACCAUUUCUGAAGAUUUAUGCUGUUCGAUCUGUCAAAAUGUCCUAUGGAAGCCAGUUGCCUGUCGAACGUGCGAAACUCACUUUUGUUCAGCAUGUAUUCAAAAAUGGCUCAGUAAUGCGAGCAGUACAUGUCCAUUGGGAUGUAACCCAUACAGUGAAAGACCAUGCUCUAAAUUUGUUAAUACGCCACUGAGCAGAUUACAGGUUGCCUGCAUCUAUGAAGCAAAUGGUUGUCGUGAAAUUCUUCCAUAUGAAGCGGUCGAAAAACAUGAAACACAAUGUGAAUACCGACUUCAUCAAUGCCCUGGUUGCCGUUCAUCAUUUUCUAAGAACGAGAUCGAGACACACAUAUCCCGCUGUGAGUUGAUUAAAUUUACUUGUGCUGACUGCAAAAUUGUCUGCAGGCGACGUGAUGUAUCUCAAAGACACACCGAAAUGAUAUGUGUUAGAGAGCAGUUCCGACAAUAUCGGUGUCAAUCAGAAGAAACAAUUAAACAGUUAAGAGAAGAGUUGAAGAAACUUCGGGAAAAACAACAAUUUGCCAUACCUGGUUAUGAGAGGGUUCGUUGUGGAGGUCGUCCUUGCAUCAAGUGCAGUAAAUGCCGUGACUGGUAUUUUACUGGGAAUGCAGAAACUUGGCAAUGGAUCCGAUAUUGCGAAAAUUGGACAAAAGAAGAUUACAAUCGUUGGCACGGUGAUCGCGUUUAUGAUCGCUUCAAGCGUCGCGAUGAUGGUGGAACAUGUCAUACUGCUGCUACUGCUGGUGUUACUGCUAAUCAUGGUGUUACUACUGUUUGUUUAUGCGAAAAUAACAUUAUUGCUUGA